AAGCCACGGUUGCUCAGCCGGCCUCCUUCUCUAGACUUGCGCAACAACCGUCUGCGUCGUCAAGGCAACGAGCGGUCAUCAGCAACACAGUCCAAGUCUCGUCUUGGCAAUUAUUUUUCCCGCAGACAGCCUAUUUUCAGGACGGAUCUGCACCGCCAACCAGUUGGUAAUACUUUUUUCGCCUGUUUUGAUGGCCAUAAUGGCGGUCGGCAUUUGCUAAUCUUGUCUGCUUUUGCAGAUGAACAGACGUGCUGCUCUGCUCACAGGCACAACCCUCGCUACAGCUCGUCCGUCUCGACGGCAACAGCAGCAGAGAGCCUGUGCAGUGGAAUGAGUAGAACAGCCAAACAACGCACAGACUUAGUUGUCCUAUUUGAUUAUCGGCCAAAUGAGUAUAGGAAUCACAAGCAUAGUCUCUCGGACUCUCCGGCAGACGGCCCCGAUCCGGACACCGGCUUGAAGUUGGGGAAAUGGUUGCACGGGGUGUAG